AUGACCAGACACUCACUACAGGACGUGAUCAAGGAACAACACCAAAAAGCAGCUUCAGCACCUCCUCUACCCAAACAAGGAUGGUUUGCUCGGAUGUUAUAUGCGGACAAGAGUGCAAAGGGUUGGUCUCCAACGAGACAGUUAUCAGUUUUUGUUCCGACCUUGUUUGUGUGUAUGAUGGCAACCACGUUGGUGAUGAAGAGUAAACUUUCAGUAAAAUUCGAAGAUAUUGAUGAGGAGUCGAAAAAGAAAUGUGAAGUUCACCGCAAAACUGUGAAUGAAUUAUUCCGAGAAAAACGAGAAAAGGAUAUGGAUGAAGUAUUACUAGAUUAUGAAGUGAGGUUAUGGUCGAACGGAUAUCAAAACAAACCUGUACCUCGCUCCAUAGAGAAUACAUUCAACGACGACGAUGAUGAUGCUGGUGACGAUUAG